AUGGACGAACAAAUGGUGUCGAGCGAUACGCUGCCCGUUGACCUGUCCAGCUUCAACAUCCCAGACUUUCUCAAGACACCGCACAACGCGCGCCUUUACCAGGAGGUACAAAGGCUCAAGAAGCUCAUCAACGAACUUGUGGACUACCAGACAGCGCAUCCUCUGGCUGAGAGGGCUUCCGCGGAGAAGGAGAAGCAGGUCAAGACCGAGAUCGAGAAGAAGGAGAAGUACAUCAGGGCACAACUCUCAAUCAUCAAGACCUUGUAUCGACAGAGCGUGCUGCGCGUGCGCGAGGAAAAGGCAAAUACUGCAGACGUAAAGGCAGUAAACGACGCAUUGAUAUUAGGACUGCACAACCUCAAGUAUGAAGAGCAAUCACUGCGGUCUGAGAUCUCAGCUGCAGAGAACUAUGAUCACAAAUACAUGAAACUACCCCUUAUACCUGUCGACGAGUUCCUCGAAGAAUUCCCUGAGCAUAAAGACCUGUCCGAGCACGAUCUGACUACAACACGCAUCGAGCACGAACACCAGGUCCGCCUCAAGUUGGAAGAGCGGCGACAAGAGAAGCUUAAGCAGAAGCAGAAGCUUAUUGCCGAGGUCAAAAAGGGCAAGGAUGAUCUCACCAAGCUGGACACCAUGGUCGAGAAGUUCAUUGAGGCCGCUGAGCCCAUCAAGAAGGUCCUUGCCACCGAGUGA